CAGCCCUGCUUGAUUUAGAAUCUGACUUGUGGCGUCAUCACGUGAUGGUCUCGUCAACAACUCAGAUGUGCACAGGGAGAAUAAGAGUGCAGGGAAAAUACAAGCGUCGGUCCCUUUAAGGGAGGGACUGCUACUACUCGUCCUGGUUUUUAUAUCAAACAUAUCAGAUCUGAAUUGCAUUUCAAAGCUCGAUAAAUUAGGUCGGACCGUAGCUGGGACAGAAUGGAGUUAGAGGAUAGCGUUGUGUACCAGGACGACCCGGGCACGGCGGCUAUGAUGUCGGAGCGGGUGUCGGGCCUGGCGAGCUCCAUUUACCGCGAGUUCGAGCGUCUCAUCGGGAAAUACGACGAGGACGUGGUGAAGGAUCUCAUGCCGCUGGUGGUGGCCGUCUUGGAGAACUUGGACUCGGUGUUCGCGGAGAACCAGGAGCACGAAGUGGAGCUGGAACUGCUGAAAGAAGACAACGAACAGCUCAUGACACAGUACGAGCGGGAGAAGGCGCUGAGGAAACAAGCGGAGGAGAAAUUCAUUGAGUUUGAAGAUUCUCAGGAGCAAGAGAAGAAAGACCUGCAGGGUCAAGUGGAGUCACUGGAGUCUCGGUCACGACAGCUGGAGCAUAAAGCAAAGAACUAUGCAGAUCAGAUCAGCAGGUUAGAUGAGCGGGAGGCAGAGCUGAAGAAAGAGUACAAUUCACUUCACUUGAGACACACAGAGAUGAUUCACAACUAUAUGGAACACUUGGAACGCAUCAAAAUUCAGCAGCUAACGGGGGGCGAUAUUCUAGAAUCUGGGACACUUGUAAGAGUUAGGAAAGAGCGGCCUGUUUCCCUGGGGAUUUUCCCCUUGUCUGAAGGAGACCCCCUGCUCACACCGGAUGCCCAGCGAGACGGAGCCGAGACCCCUGGGACGGAGUGCUGGAGAUUCAACAACCUCAGUCACCCCCGUUCCAACACAAGCCUCAAGCAGUUGGAGGCAGAAGAUGUUCAAAAGCAAAGGGGUGGCUGGAAAAAUGCGAUGGCCGCUGACGGCAAGGAUGAGCUUUCAGACGCCAGCCAAGGAGACUCGAAGUCUGUCACUCCGCUGUCGACAGCUGCAUCGGAUGUGGUCAUGCACUCCGUUGACACUCCCAUAAAGGAUGAGGCAGAGGGGCUGACCAAAAACCUAAACACUUCAAACAGUAAACCGGACAGUAGCAAAAUCAUAGACGGGCAGGUAACCCCGGGCACCAGGACUGGCUCAAUAGGUUCAACUCAAAAUGAAGAUAAAUCAGAAGUUCAGGCCAUUAUUGAGUCGACCCCUGAGCUGGACAUGAACCUCAGUGGAUACAAAGGAGCCAGCACUCCAACCAAAGGCAUUGAGAACAGAGCGUUUGACCGGAACACAGAGUCUCUGUUUGAAGAGCUGUCCUCUGCAGGUUCUGGGCUCAUUGGGGAUGUGGAUGAGGGUGCAGACUUGCUGGGCAUGGGCCGUGAGGUUGAAAAUCUUAUUCUGGAGAACACACAGCUUCUGGAGACGAAAAACGCGCUGAAUGUGGUGAAGAAUGACCUGAUUGCCCAAGUGGACGAGCUGUCUUGUGAGAAGGAGGUGCUUCAGGGGGAACUCGUUGCUGUGAAACAGGCUAAACAGAAGCUAGAGGAAAAAAACAAAGAGUUGGAGGAGGAGCUCAAAAAGAUCCGCACUGAAGCUGAAGAAGCAAGACAGAAAUCUAAAGAUGGUGAUGAUGAUAGUGAUGUCCCCACAGCCCAGAGAAAGCGCUUUACUCGCGUUGAGAUGGCACGCGUGCUGAUGGAGCGCAAUCAGUAUAAAGAGAGGCUAAUGGAACUGCAGGAGGCAGUACGAUGGACUGAGAUGAUCAGAGCGUCAAGAGAAAAUCCAUCAAUGAGUGAAAAGAAGAAAUCCAGUAUCUGGCAGUUUUUCAGCCGGCUCUUCAGCCCCUCAAGUACUACAACUAAGAAGCCAGAGCCCCCAGUCAAUGUUAAAUACAAUGCACCAACCUCACAUAUCACCCCGACUGUUAAGAAGAGAAGCACCACUUUAUCUCAACUACCAAGUGACAAAUCAAAAGCAUUUGAUUUCCUCAAUGAGGAGACUGACUCUGGCAAUGUAGCCUCUCGUAGAGAACAGAAAAGGGUACAGUACCAACAAGUCAAGGCACAUGUACAGAAAGAAGAUGGCAGAAUACAGGCCUAUGGAUGGAGUCUGCCCCAGAAGUACAAGCAGGGAGCAAAUGGUGGACCGGCAGAAAACAAGAUGAAAAAUUUACCGGUACCUGUAUAUCUCAGACCGCUGGAUGAAAAAGAUGCUUCCAUGAAGCUGUGGUGUGCAGCGGGGGUGAACUUGUCGGGAGGAAAGACCCGGGAUGGAGGCUCAAUUGUUGGGGCCAGCGUUUUCUAUAACGAUGUCACUGGCUCAGAAACUGAUGGGAUCAAGCAGAGGAAAGGAUCACAGAGCAGUUUGGACAGACUGGAACAGGAACUCAAGGAGCAGGAGAAGGAGUUGAGGCAACAUGAGGAGCUCUCCAGUCUGGUUUGGGUCUGCACAAGCACGCAUUCUACCACCAAAGUCAUAGUCAUAGAUGCCAAUCAGCCAGGCAACAUUCUGGAUAAUUUCUUUGUCUGCAACUCUCAAGUCCUUUGCAUCGCAAGCGUACCAGGAGCACGCGAGACAGACUAUCCUGCAGGAGAGGAGAUCCCCCGAGACGUGGAACCCAGCCAGACUGACAACGCCUCCCUGACGGGCAGUGUGGCCAGUAACAGCUCAGUAGGAAGUGACAGCAUGCUGGGAGGGAUCACUGUGGUCGGCUGCACUACCGAGAGCACUGCUGUACCGCAGACCGCUCGCACUCCCGUCGCCGGCUCACCCACUGCAGAACGCCUCACAGGAGAGAUUGAUGCAGAAAGUAGUGUCACUACAGAUGAUGGUGUUCCCACAGCAGAGGAGGCCACAGAGGCCACAGAAGCCAACGCUGAGUCAGGGGACGAUGCUGCGGAUACCAGUCAGCCAGGAAUCUACACAGAGCACGUCUUUACUGACCCCCUGGGGGUGCAGAACACCUCCGAGAGCUCGCCAGUGUUUCACAACAGGGAGUCAGAAUUAUGUAAGGAUGAUGUGUCUGCACUUCCCGAUGAACAGGACCUUGUGAGAGAGGAGGCACAGAAGAUGAGCAGUGCUUUGCCUACAAUGUGGCUUGGGGCCCAGAACGGAUGCUUGUAUGUUCACUCUUCUGUGGCCCAGUGGAGGAAGUGUCUCCAUUCAAUUAAACUCAAAGAUUCGAUUCUCAGUAUUGUGCAUGUUAAAGGAAGAGUAUUAGUGGCACUAGCUGAUGGAACUUUAGCCAUCUUUCACAGGGGAGUCGAUGGCCAGUGGGAUUUAACAAAUUACCACCUUCUGGACCUGGGGCGGCCUCACCACUCCAUUCGCUGUAUGACAGUGGUACAUGACAAAGUGUGGUGUGGAUACAGGAACAAGAUCUAUGUUGUGCAGCCAAAGGCUAUGAAAAUAGAAAAAUCAUUUGAUGCACAUCCCCGAAAGGAAAGCCAGGUGAGGCAGCUGGCGUGGGUAGGAGACGGUGUUUGGGUCUCCAUCCGUCUGGACUCCACACUGCGGCUUUACCAUGCACACACCUACCAGCACUUGCAAGAUGUGGACAUUGAGCCAUAUGUUAGUAAAAUGUUAGGUACUGGCAAACUUGGAUUCUCUUUUGUAAGAAUCACAGCGCUUAUGGUGUCCUGUAAUCGUCUGUGGGUGGGAACAGGGAAUGGGGUGAUAAUCUCCAUUCCUCUUACUGAAACUGUAAUCCUCCACCAGGGACGUUUACUUGGGCUCAGGGCUAAUAAAAUAAUAGCUGGGACCGGGAACCGUCCAGGGGGUGUAAUCCGAGUGUAUGGAGAUGAAAGCAGUGACAAGGUGACACCGGGCACGUUUAUCCCUUACUGUUCGAUGGCACACGCUCAGCUCUGCUUUCAUGGACAUCGCGAUGCUGUCAAAUUCUUUACAGCAGUGCCAGGCCAGGUGAUCUGCCCCCCAAGUGGCAUUGUAGGUGACUCGACCGGAGACAAAGCAGGACCUUCCAGCUCCGAGCAGCCGAGCCAGGAGCUCAUGAAAUCAUUGCUAGUGAUGAGUGGAGGAGAAGGCUACAUUGACUUUAGAAUGGGGGAUGAAGGGGAUGAGUCAGAGGAAAUGGGAGAUACACUACAGCUUCAGCCUUCUCUGGCUAAAGCAGAGCGGAGCCAUCUAAUAGUGUGGCAGGUAAUGUACAACAGCGAGUGACCCACACGUGCCAUCAGCAAGUUACAGGAAGACCAAGACAACCUUUCGCAUGUGUGGUGUGUGUGUGUGUGUGUGUGUGUUUUUUUUUUUUGUUGUUUAUAUAUUAUUUUUGAUUAUUUGAUUUGAUGUAUUUGAUUAUAAUUUCUUUCACCAGAAUGUCUGAUGGGUUUCACUAUGUAUACUCAUUCCAUUGUAAAAACAGAUCUCCUGACUGCAAAUGCUGUGUUUUAACGCUGCUGUGCAUUCAAUGUUCUGUAUUUUAGACAUGAAAGACAACCAUUGGACCUAUAAAAUCUGUUUUGCAGGGAUAGUCUGGUGAAAUGACACUGGUUUGUGUUGCUGUUCACUAAUAGUUAAGGAUUCUGUAAUUUAACUGCAGUGUAAUGUACUUCAAACAUUGAUUGUUAAUGUGUUUUAUUAUUAUUUUUAAAACUCUUGAUAGUUUGUGUACCGAUAAUGUGUAUACAUUUGAGCAUGGUCUUGUUAAGUAGCAGACUUUAGUUGUUAUUGGGAUAGGUAUACCUGCAUGGUGAAGUUCAUUAUUUUAUUUUAUUUUAUUUUAUUUUAUUUUAUUUUAUUUUAUUUUAUUUUUUUCCUGAGCUGCUGCUUCCUUAUUUUCCUUCUAUCCCUGUAUAGGUCUUCCUACCUUUUGAGAGAAAUAGCUUGCAGAUUGUAGACACUUUAAAUAACAUAGGCUGCCUUAGUAACAAACAAGCAAAAAAAAAAUAUGGUGUUUCGAAUAAUUAUUGUGCUAACUGUUCUAAGGAACUACAUUUGUAUUUACAAUGAUGUGUAAGUGAAUAUUUAUUUCUAUGUGAGUGUUGCAAAGUUACCAAAGGAAAAAACCUCACUUAGCAAUCUCUGUUCAAGAGACCGCUUUUCAUGCUGUCCUGAGUGAGCCCUGUGGCUUAUAAAGAGAGAUGCCGUCAUUAAAAGUGAACCUAGCUCUCCAGUUCUUUGUGAAAUGCACAUCUCUGAAAAAAGCAAACAUAGCUGACAGGGGUGCACAAUAAUGGGGCACUUCAAAUCAUUUUAUACACAUUACAUAAUGUUUCCUUUCUCUAACUAAAGGAAUUUUUUCUUUAUUAAUUUGUUGAUAAAGCCGUGUUUUUAGACCUUUAAACCUACUUUUAAAUAUUUUAUGGUCUGUGUAAUUUCUUUUGUUUUGUACGUUUCUGUCGGUUAGACACUUUAUUCUGUAUUUUACUUGGCUCUGUAAUUUGAAAACAGAAUGCUACAGCAUUAGAAUUAAUGUCUAUUGAGAAACAACACACUGGGCUUUAUUUCUGUGAUCCGAAAAGCUCAUUUUUGCAGUGUAGCCAUUUCAGUAUUUAUUUCUAUUAAUGAGCCUCUGUGGUUCAGAAUGUAACUUUGUACAUGAAAUAUAUAUAUAAAUAUGUAUAUGAAACCUACGUGGCUUGGUUUUAUUGUUUUGCGCAGAGUGAUGAAAUUUGUGACCAUGAAAUGAUGAAUAGGUACAUACUUAAAUUUAAUAAAACAAAAAAAAAUAAUAAUUUCAUGGGUUGUUUACUCUGAAGCCCUACACUUGUUUACUAAGCUGCGUUUCAAAGAUCAUCACUUUUUUUAUUUUCAAGCAUUUCCUUUUCUGGUAUCACUUACAUGUCAAUUGCAGGGGAUGUUCAGUUACUGUGCCUGUCCGGAAUAGAUCAAGCAGUACCUACAGUCUCUGGUGUUCCUUGGUAGCUAUGUGCUUUUGACAGCAUCAUAGCCAUAACAAUCUAUUAAACUGAAUUGUAUUUUGGAAACUGUGUAGUGUCAUUUGCAUCAUUGACUUUCCCCUUUCCUUUUGUUCAUUCUGUCAAUGCACCUGACCAUCGCACACGUUUUGUAAUUCGUCAUUUGAGAUGAAUGUUGCAUUUCGGUCAAAUAAACAACCCUGGCUAAUA